GGUCAGUUGGCGCCGGAGCGACACUGCGCGGAGAAAGGCGGAAGGAAGAAGACACGGCCAGUCGAGCACGCACCGCCGAGGAGGAUGCCAGCCUCUCCGACCACUACCGGCGGCAUCGCAAAGACGCACCGGAUCAAGUUCACCCAGCGACGGCGCAGUGCACUUCCUGGCUGCCUGUGCGCCUCCCUGGCUGCGCUUUGUGUGACCCUGGGCGCCGCAGCGGCCGUCUACUACGGAGUUCGAUUCUUGGAGGGCCAACGGACCACAGUGUGCGCAGAGCGCGUCUACCGGGGAGCCUUCACGGUGGUGGAAGGGGACAAGUUCAGCGACAGCCUGUCCAACAGCCUGGCUGAAGACUUCGUGCACAAGGCGGAUGCGUACCGGGCCAAGUUGGACCGCCUUUUCAACAGCAGCACCUCCGGCUUCCGUGGUACUGAGGUGAUCGCUUUCCAGAGGCGGGCGGAUCGUGAGCUUACGGUGCACUUCAACGCCCACUUCGCGCUGGGCGCCCCGCUGGAUGCCGGUGAUCUGUACCUGGUUGUGGCUGACGAGCUGCUGCGUGGCCGCCUGGGCGUCUUUCGGGGACUCAAGGUGGACCUCGAGUCUUUCAGCCUGCAAGAGCGCCGCGCAUCUUCGCCGUUGCCAGAGUCGUGGACCCCUCGGCGCCGCUACCCGGGCUAUCUGGCCGGCCUAAGCACAACGGAGCGGCCCGCGGCACGCUGCGAGCCCAUCGCCCUCCACCACUGCAGGGCUAGCCUGGCGUACAACAGCACCGCUUACCCGAACGCAGUUGGGCACACCACGGCUCGGGACGUACAGCGAGACUUGGUGGCCUACCGGCAGCUGGCCGACUCCGAAUGCCACCCCCUUGCUGCCGACCUGGUGUGCCGCCUGCUGCAGCCACAGUGCACGGAGUCGGGCAAGGUGGUGCUGCCCUGCAGGGCCUUCUGCCAAGAGUUCUGGUCAUCAUGCCAGCAACAGCUCCCGCAUUCUGUCGCCGCUCAGAUCGACUGUGGCCGCCUGCCGGUGUACAGUGGUGCUGGUAGCUGCCAUUCCAAGCCCGGUUGCGUGAAUGAGCUGAAGGCCAGGGGCAAGGAAGGCCACAUCUGCGACGGUGUCGUCGACUGCCCGGAUUUCUCGGAUGAAACAACAUGCGGUCUCUGCGGGCCGGCACACCUGCAGUGCGGCGAGCGCCAGUGCAUCGACAUCGCGCAGAGGUGCGACGGUCGACUCGACUGCGUCGACGGCGCCGACGAGCGGGACUGCCUGACCCUGUCGAGCCACGGACAACUGUGGGAGCCUCCGCAUGGUUACCUGCGCGCCUACCGGCGCGGCCGCUUCCGCAAGGUCUGUGCCGAUGGUCCAGGGGCCGAGCUCAAGCACGUGGCGGUGGCUGCCUGCGCCGCGCUAGGACUUGGGCCGCCGUCCCGCGUGGAGCUGCAUCGCGACGGCAACAGCAGCGAUUCGUACCUGCGCCUGCUGGACCCGCACGCGCCCGGCCUCAGAUUCUCUUCACCGGGGCCUUGCAGCAGUGACCUGGUGGUGUACUUGCAGUGCAGCUUGCCAGCGCAAGCAUCACUUCCAAAUAAGGGGGAAGUCGCUGUGUGAGGUGACAUGAUCGCUGUCCUCAGGCACCUGACCGACGUCACCUUGCUGCCCUUGCAGCUGUGGGCACCCAAUUCCUGGGUUCUCGAUUUGUGAGCUUUCCCAUAACCCACCGUCAUCCGCCUAGCUUCACGGAAGAUGCCUGUUUGGCACUUACUGAUUUGUAAAUGAACUGUUUUAAAAUAAUAAUCUAGCAUCACCCACUUAGCUCCAGCAAAAAUGCCUCUUUGGUACUUGACGAUGAGCAACAGGAGAACAAGGUGAGAGCUUCGACAAGUCUUCAAAGCGACGUCCACUUGU